GUUUUUGUGUUCUUCCCAGGGUCUUCGCGAUGAACGACUACAAUGUCGCCGGCAUGCCCGCGCGCCCCAAGGCUGCGCAGAACCGGGCCACUGUCCAGCAGCUCAAACUGAUCGGCCAGAGCCAUCCCACCGGAUUGACUGCGAAUCUUUUGAAGCUCUUCGAGCCGCGGCCUCCUCUCGAGUACAAGCCGCCGCCGGAGAAGCGGAAUCUUCCACCGUAUCAUGGUAUUUCACAAUUUGUCCAACACUUUGCGGAGCCGGGUGAUCCGGAGUACAGUCCUCCAAUUGUGAAAGCUGAAACUCCGUCUCAAAGACGAGCAAGGAUCCAUAGCGUUCGUCUGGAGAAGGGGGCGGAGAAGGCAACUGAGGAUCUGGAAAAAUAUGACCCUCAAACCGAUUCCAACAUUGAGGGCGAUCCAUACAAAACACUAUUUGUCGCGAGGAUUAGUUACGAGACAACGGAACACAAAAUUAAAAGGGAGUUUGAGGCAUAUGGUCCAAUAAAAAGGGUUCGCCUUGUCCAUGACAAGGACAGUAAUAAGCCUCGCGGGUAUGCUUUCAUCGAGUACUUCCAUACACGCGACAUGAAAGCUGCUUACAAACAAGCCGAUGGACGGAAAAUUGAUAACCGGAGAGUUUUAGUUGAUGUCGAGCGUGGUCGGACGGUGCCGAACUGGAGACCCCGGAGGCUUGGCGGUGGUCUGGGGUCUACUCGUGUCGGUGGCGACGAAGUGAAUCAAAAGUACUCCGGCCGAGAACCACAAGUAGGGGGCGCUAGAACUGAGGAGAAGCCCAGGGACGAGAGAAGCCCGGACGAAAGAGACCGAGAAAGAGAUCGCGAUCGAGAGAGAGACCGUGAUAGAGAUCACAAAGAUCGAGACAGGCCGAGAGACCGGGAGAGGCACCGAGAGAGGGACCGAGACCGGGAUAGGGAGCCCCGUGGAGAUAGAGAAAGAAGCCGUGGAAGAGAGAGGGACCGAGAAAGAGGAGGCCGCCGAGAUCAUCACGAACGAGGGGAGCGCGAGAGAGACCGAGAGCGUGAUAGAGAUCGAGAGCGCGAUAGAGGCUACGAGCGAGAGAGAGACAAAGAUCGCGAUAGAAGUGAGAAGUCUCGUUCUAGAGAGCCUAUGGAGAUGGACUAGAAUACGUUUAUCUAUUUGUCCUUGUAUACUUUCUUUCAACGGCUUUAGUUUGAUUUA